AUUUCACCUCCUCGGCGUCCUACCUGGUCUGUGUCCAUUCGAUUUCUUAGCGGAGAGGCUUCUACUGCUCUCCGGCUUUCUCUUCGCAUAUGGACGAAGCCGGAUUAGAAGAAGAGUUUGCUCCUCUAUUCGAUUACAGCGGCGUCCACUCGGCGGCCUUCCAUCACCUUAGCGCUUCAGAUGACGAUUUGGAUGAUUCUCCGGUGGCUUCGAUUGGGAAGCAGAAGAGGAAAGAUUGUUUGAAUGGUCAGGAGGUUGUGAAUAUACUGGACGAUGAGGAAGAGGGGAGUAAAGAUAAGAAGAAGGACGAUGAAGAAGAGGAUUGGCUGCCACCUCCACCCAAAAUGCGAUGUAUAAGUUCAGCCGUUUUUGAAGACAAAACUUUAAAAGCGUUGAGAUCAACAAAACAGGAACUGGCAUCACUGGCCGAAGCAGCUAAGGAUCUGCUAAAUUCAGCAUCAGAAUUUGGAAAUAGUGAUGCUUAUAUCACCGAAAAACCGGCUGUUGAAGCUGAAGGAGAGAGAUGUUUUGAAAAGGUUGAAAGAGAGAAAAUUGUAAUCUCAAUCCAGGACAGCAAGGGUGGACAGCAGCAGUUUCGGCUGUUCAUGGAUGAUAAGUUUGAAAAGCUGUUCAAAAUAUAUGCCGAAAAGGCGAAGCAGAAGGUAGAAAGCUUUACUUUCUCUUUUGAUGGCCAGAGAGUGAGUCCUACGGCAACUCCUGCAGGACUUGGUUUGGAGAAUGAUGAUAUUAUUGAGAUCAUCCGAAACUACGUCACUGUGAAUAGUACGGGACCCUCUCUCUCCUAUUAGGGUGGAAGUGAAGUGCAGGCGAAUGGCGUAUAAGGAGAGCUGAAGGAGCUGUGCCCCAAAGCCUAAAAAUUAGGUGCCGAGGCUGCUGGUGGGAAAUCCAUAUGGUUAGGGUUGUAAACGAA